GAGGUCAACUACAGAACACUGUACAUAUUUAACACAAAGUUAACAAAAAACAAUUUUUAAACGUUUCAAAAAAAAUUGCUAAGUGAAGUCAAAUAUAUAUCAGCUUGAGUCUGUGGCACAGAAUAGCCUCUGGGUGAGCUUCCCACCCGAGCAGGGAUUCAACCCCAGCUCAGCUGCAACAUUCCCCAACCACGCAGCUUCCCUACCAAGCCACGUGCUGGGAGAGAGAAGCCGGAGGGUAUUCCCUUCCUAGGAUUUUACUUCCCCCUCGCCUUCCCUCGGGGCCUGCCUGCUUGGGUGGAAUCUAUGGUGCAAUCGGAUAAUUUUAGAUUCAGGACUGAAGUGCCGCCCGCCGGCCGCCCUCCCUCCCUUCCUUCCUUCGACGGCAACGGCGCGUCGCUUCACUUCCUUGGAAAUGUGGUCGCAAGUGGGGCGUGUGUGCCCGGACUACACCCAGUGAAACGGACCCGUCCUCGGCUGCCCCGCGGGGUUGGCGUGUCGGGUGCGCCUAGAAGGCUGAUGAGUGCAGAGUGACUACAGGCCUUGAAUCAACACCUGCACAGCCUUCUUCUUUUCCAAAGGGCUGCCGGGGACGCGAAAACUCCGCUCUGGGAGCUUUGCCCGGGCGGGGGCGCUGCGAGGUUCCUGCGCCGCCCAGGCGGGACCUUUCGCUUUCGCUUUCGUGGCUCCACGUAGCAGGGCGCCGGCGGAGAGGGACGCCCCGCUUGCCCCUUCCUCACCAAGCGCGCCCAGGCAAGUUUCCCCCGGGGUGGGCUGGAGGGGACGCUCGGCCUCCCUCGCUUGCCUGCCUCUUUACGCGCAGCUGCGCCCUUUCCGACGCUUCCCGCUUCGCUUUGGCCCUGCCUACCCCGUCGAGCGGCCAAUUCCUGGCGUCUUGCGCCGGCCUCCGUCCCGUUUCCUUUUCCUUUGAAGUUCUGCGCCUCGCCCAUUUCAAGCCUUUGCAGCAUUUAUUGAUAACCUAUUUCGCCCGCCCACUUAGUUUCCAAUAUCUGUUCUCCCCCCCCAGCCCACUUCCUGUACUCGCGACUGUCUCUCUUGUUUUCUGGAGGUGAAAGCAGCACCCCUGAAUCCUAGCUACGCCUAUGGCAUUCCUGCCUAUAAAAACAACAACCCUGACCUGGUGGAUUUCUGCUUGCUGAGGAAGCUGCCAAUUGCUACAGAGGCCUGUUGACCUGUCACUGUAUUUCUAGACUGGGGGGAGCAGACCUGAUGGAAAGGAGCCUAGGAAGCUGUUGUCAAUUGAGUCCGAAUUGCCAGCGCUGACUCUCCAGGAUUUCAGACGGGUUUCUCCCAAUCCUACCUAGAGAUGCUGGGGGUUGAAUUUGGGACUUUCUGCCUGUGAAGCAGGUGCUCAAAGGCUUAAAAGAUUGUGGAGGCUGUCAGUGUCUGGGGAUUAACUCUAGUGCCACCUCCUUUUUACCCUUUUCAGUUCUAAUACAGUGGUGCCUCGCAAGACGAAAUUAAUUCGUUCCGCGAGUUUUUUCGUCUAGCGAAUUUUUCGUCUUGCGAAGCACGAAAUCCCAUAGGAAUGCAUUGAAAUUCAAUUAAUGCGUUCCUAUGGUCAAAAAAAGUCCAAUCAAAGCCAAAUUCGGUACAACAAGAGUUUAUUAACUGCUCUUUAAAGUCACACAUACUUUAAAGAGCAUAUCAAAAAUUGAAGGAACAAUAAAUUAAGUUUCUAAACAUGACAGGAAAACAUUUAAAAAUCAAAAAGGGUACAUUACAUUUUCUAAGACUCUGGGGACCACUCAAGAAGGUUCCUCUUCCACUCUUUGCUUCUUGCUGAGGAACCUGUCCAUGGUCUGCUGCUUCAUCCGCCGUUUCAGCAGCUCCUGAGAGGCGACAUGACCGUCGUAUCAAAAAUGUUCGCUUGGUCAUGUGCCACGUGCUUGUCAGGGUGGUGCCGCUCUGCAAAGCCUGCACCUCAUUCCACUUCUGGCAAAUGUCCCUCAGUUCUUUGGAGGACAGCCGUUCCUCAGUUGCUUCCUCCUCUUCCAGCGAGGCCUGCUCCUGCGCAACCUCUGACUGCAGUGCAACCAGCUCCUGGGUGGUCAGCUCGUCGUCGUGCUCCUCCACCAGCUCGCAAACGUCCUCCUCUGUGACCUCCAGGCCCAAGGUCCUCCCCAAGGCAACAAUGUCCUGCACCACUGUCGACUCUGGUGCAUCAGAGUCACUUGGUGCCACACAGUCCGGCCACAGGCUGCGCCAAGCGCAAUUCAAAUUCCUCUGGCUGAUCCCUUCCAGGCCGUGGUGAUCAUCUUCAAGCAGGUGACGAUGUCGAAGUGGUCCUUCCAGAAUUCCCGCAGGGUGAUGGUGGUGCAAUCAGUCACCUCGAGCAUCGCCUGAAAAGCUCCUUGGUGUAGAGUUUCUUGAAAUUGGCGAUGACCUGCUGAUCCAUCGGCUGGAGCAGUGGCGUGGUGUUAGGCGGCAGGAACAUGAUGUUGAUGAAGCUGAACUCCUCCAACAAGUCCACCUCAAGGCCUUUAGGAUGAGCAGGAGCAUUGUCCAUCAGAAGCAAAGCCUUCAGCGGCAGGUCAUUGUCCAGCAGGUACUGUUUGACAGCAGGGCCAAAGGCAAGAUUGACCCAGUCCACAAACAGCACACGUGUGACCCAAGCCUUGCUGUUGGAUCGCCACAUGACACUCAGCCGCUCCUUGUCGACCUUGUGUUUCUUGAAGGCCCGUGGGUUCUCCGAGUGGUACACCAGCAGGGGCUUGAUCUUCAGGUCGCCGCUUGCGUUGGCACAGAAGAGCAGGGUCAGACGGUCCUUCAUGGGCUUGUGGCCAGGCAACUUGGCCUCCUCCUGAGUGAUGAAAGUCCUUUUGGGCAUCCUCUUCCAAAACAGCCCGGUCUCGUCGCAGUUGAAGACCUGCUGUGGAACGUAGCCCUCCGUCUUCACAACCUCCAGGAACUCCAAGGCAAAGUCUUCAGCCGCAGGAACAUCAGAACUGGCAGCCUCUCCAUGCCUGACCACGCUGUGGAUUCCGGAUCUUGCCUUGAACCGGUCAAACCAGCCUCUGCUUGCCUUGAAGACUUCUGGCUCGGCCGAGGUUCCUGGCUGUUCCCGGAUGAGGUCUGCGUGCAAGGCCUUGGCCUUCUCACAAAUCACGGCCUCAGUCACUGUGUCCCCUGCACGCUGCUUCUCUUCUAUCCAGAUGAGGAGCAACUUCUCGACCUCCUCCAGAACAGCUGGGCGGUUCUUCACGAUCCUGGUGACUCCCUUGGCUGCAUCAGUCGCAAGGAUCUUCUCCCUCAUCUUCAGGAUGGUCCCGAUGGUCGAUGGGUUCCUGCCGUACUCCCUGGCGAGGUCCGUCACACGCAUUCCACCGUCGUGCUUCCGGAUGAUCUCCUUCUUCAUCUCCAGCGUCACCUUCUCCUUCUUCCUCUCGCCGGCCUCCGCAGCAGCAGCAGUCUUCUUGGGUCCCAUGGCAGCACAGCUGUUACCUUUGUAAAACUCAGAAAAGAAAAAAAAUCAGCAAUUCAAACCCACAACCAAGUCCUUGAAUUCCAAACACCCAACCCAAAAUCCAAAACCCCAAAAAAUUUUUAAAAGUUUAACUUACGAAAUGGCUGCAAAUCACCAAAGUCUUCAAAAUCCUCAAAUGGCUGCAAAAGAAAUUUUGGGAAAGCUUUAAAAAUCACCAAAGUCUUCAAAAACCUCAACUGUUCCCCCAGCCCCUCCCCAACUGUUGCAAACCCCACCCCAACUGUUGCCAACCCCGCCGCAACUGUUCCCCCCGCCCCCCAGCACACAGAAAAUCAAAACCCACAAACAUUUUCAAAAAAAAACAACAUGGCCCAAUGGUUACAGAAAACCAUAAAAAUUCAAAAAAGCACACAAGCUCCCAGAUUCUUGCAAACCCCUCCUCAGCUGUUCCCCAGCCACCCAGCACACAGAAAUUCAAAACCCAGAAACUUUUUCAAAAAAAACAACAUGGCCCAAUGGUUACAGAAAACCAUAAAAAUUCAAAAAAAGCACACAAGCUCCCAGAUUCUUGCAAACCCCUCCCCAGCUGUUCCCCAGCCACCCAGCACACAGAAAUUUAAAACCCAGAAACUUUUUUCAAAAAAAACAACAUGGCCCAAUGGUUACAGAAAACCAUAAAAAUUCAAAAAAAGCACACAAGCUCCCAGAUUCUUGCAAACCCCUCCCCAGCUGUUCCCCAGCCACCCAGCACACAGAAAUUUAAAACCCAGAAACUUUUUCAAAAACAACAACAUGGCCCAAUGGUCACAAAAAUCAUAAAAAUUCAAAAAAAGCACACAAGCUCCCAGAUUCUUGCAAACACCUCCCCAGCUGUUCCCCAUCCACCCAGCACACAGAAAUUUAAAACCCAGAAACUUUUUUCAAAAACAACAACAUGGCCCAAUGGUCACAAAAAUCAUAAAAAUUCAAAAAAAAGCACACAAGCUCCCAGAUUCUUGCAAACACCUCCCCAGCUGUUCCCCAUCCACCCAGCACACAGAAAUUUAAAACCCAGAAACUUUUUUCAAAAACAACAACAUGGCCCAAUGGUCACAAAAAAUCAUAAAAAUUCAAAAAAGCACACAAGCUCCCAGAUUCUUGCAAACACCUCCCCAGCUGUUCCCCAUCCACCCAGCACACAGAAAUUCAAAACCCAACCCAGAUUUUUUUUUCAAAAAAAAAAUAAACAUGGCCCAAUGGUCACAGAAAAUCAUAAAAAUGCAGAAAAAACCACACAAGCUCCCAGAUUCUUGCAAACCUCUCCCCAACACCAAGUCCUUGAAUUCUAAACACCCCAACCCAAAAUCCCAAAAACCCAAAAAAAGUUUUAAAAGUUCAACUUACCAAACAGCUGUAGAAGAAGUUUUGGAAAAGCUUCAAAAAUCCAGCAAACUCUUUAAAAAGCUCAGAAAGGCCACCACACCGCGUGCAAUGUGUUGCUCCUCGAGGUCAAGUCGCAACUGCACCUCUUCAAGCAAUGCACCCUGGGUUUUAACGGUUUUACGAAAAGGAAACAAACUUGCAAGACGUUUCGUCUUGCGAAGCAAGCCCAUAGGGACAUUCGUCUUGCGAAGCAACUCGAAAACGAAAAAACCUUUCGUCUUGCGAGUUUUUCGUUUUGCGAGGCGUUCGUCUUGCGGGGCACCACUGUAUUUUUGCAGCUCCUUCAGUAGCCUGUAUGCAAGGUUUAAUUCUACUGCUGUACUCAUAUCACUUGUCACUUAUAUAAAUUGAAAAUAAAUGAAAGAACGUUAAGCAGAUUCGUGGGUGAUGCUGACCUAUGUUGUUUCCUCAGGAUUGCAUAAUGCAGAGUUGUUACCACAAGAUUGCAUGAUGCAGAUUAUUUUCACUAUUCUGUGAAAUGCAGCCGGAUACCGGGGUUUCUCCCUGCCCAGUUUGCAUCCUACAAUUUGCCUAGUAUAGAUAAUGACCACCUUAUGGAGCAUAGAGAGUGAUUCUGUUUUGUUCAGAGGGACCUACAGUAUAAAAUUUCUGUACAGUCUAUCCUCUCAUCAGGAAUAAAGAAGUUGCCUUACUGAUAAUGCAGGGAGAAUUUUCAUUCAUGGCAAGAGGAGACAGUGCUCCGGUCCUAAUAGGCAACUGGUUGGCCACUGAAUAGUAUGCUGAACUAGAUGGGCCAUUGGCCUGAUGCAGCAGGCUUUCCUUAUGUUUCUUCUUAAAGGUACCCCUGCCCGAACGGGCCAGUCUUGCCAGACUCUAGGGUUGUGCGCUCAUUUCACUCUAGAGGCCGGGAGCCAGCGCUGUCUGCAGACACUUCCGGAUCACGUGGCCAGCGUGACGAAGCUGCUCCGGCGAACCGGCACCAGAGCAGCACACGGAACGCCGUUUACCUUCCCGCUAUAAAGCGGUACCUAUUUAUCUACUUGCACUUAAGGGUGCUUUCGAACUGCUAGGUGGGCAGGAGCUGGGACCGAACGACGGGAGCUCACCCCGCCGCGGGGAUUCGAACCGCUGACCAUGCGAUCGGCAAGUCCUAGGCACUGAGGUUUUACCCACAGCGCCACCCGCGUCCCUGUUUCUUCUUAGGGGUGCUUUAAAGGUAAAGGAAGGGGCACGCAACUUUAGAAGUGUGGGGCUGGACCUUUUCAUAUCUAACAACCACCCUUUCAUCUGGAAACAAGAGGUGCCUACCAGGUAAAAAGCGGUUGUGCGUUUCUGCAUUCCCAAGCUGGUGUGGGGAGAAGCCAAGGAAAAGCAAUGAGUUUCAGAUGUAACCCAAGGGCUCCAAAGCAAGUGUGAAUAGGAGUGCAGCCUUAAAGGUUCUGAGCACAGUGUAUCUCUCUUGUACACUGAUCUAUGCACAUGUGGGAUUUCCUUGCCAACAGCACACCUCUGUGUGUAGAUGAGUAUACAAGGAAGGGAAGUGCUAGGUACUCAAGAUGUCUAUGGAUAUUUAGUUUUGAAAAGCAUCUCUCGUAAGUUGAACAUCAAAAGCUAAAACUCUAAAAUUCUAAAAAUUCCUGAAUUUUGAAAGACAUUUUUUAAUUGUAUCUGAGAACACAAUUUUUCUGUAAUUCUGAAAUGGGCAAAAAAUGCAUUUUUAAAAGUUAAAAGUAUUUUAAUAGGAUUCUUGUCAUUUGUUUCUCUAUAAAUAGUCGGCAGAUCCUUUGCCAACAAAGAUGCAGAGCGGUGAUGAAAGAGACCAUGGUGAUGUUCCAGAUGCAAAGCCAGAUAGAAGACAGCGAUCUUCACUCUUUUCAAAGUAAGGCACAUGUUUGUUAGCUUGUCCAAAAGAAAUUUAUCUUGACUUUAUUCUGGAUCCACUGAUAGAAUUAUAAUGGGGAAAUAGCAUUGGUUGUGCAACAAGUUUCUGCCAGUGCAGCUGUUGUGUUUGGUUCCUCUGCUGUGCAGCCUUCAAACUCAGCCGUCCAAUAGCACAAAAGGAAGAUAGCAUUGCAUACAGACCUAUAAAUGCACUACAUACUAGAAAUGAACCUUACGCCUGUUCCACAUGGGGGGGAAUCUUAUAAUUUAAACUUUUCCUUUUCCUUUUAAAUUGAAUUCUGAAUAUUAAAUUCCAAGAAUAGCUGUUAAUUAUAUUUUAUAUUCAUAACCAUUGUCAGUCCCAAGUGGAUGUUUACUUCAGUUAAAUUAUUCACAGUAUUCAUUCACGAGUUAAUAUAAGCUUGUUUGUUAAGGGUGGAGAAACAACACAAGUGGAUUGGGUGGGGCACUCUACCUGACUUCCACUGGUUAUGAUUGCUAAGAUUUGGCCAACUGGACAUGAUUGGCUUCUAUUUUUAAAAGAGCAAAUAUUGGGAACCUGUAGUGCAGCCUAUUUUAAUUGGUAUGUGUGUAUGUUUAAUUUCUGUUAUCAAGUGGCAGCAAGUUUGUGCAUUUUGUAUGUGUCUGCCUUUAGGGAUUCUCGAAAUCAUGGUAAUAAUUUUUUUUACCUAUAAGAGGUCAAAUUAAAUGCUAGUAUGUGGAUUACUCAACUUUAGUAGAUAGAAAAGUAUAAUGAUUGUUAACAAGGAAUAACGUUUUAGGUUUCAAAAGAAGGUGAACCUAGUACAGUAGUGUGUUCUCAUUCACUUUCUAUUGACUUCUGAUCAUGCUGCAUCUGUAAGAGGCAGGUGAGUGAGUACCUGUUUAAAACAUGGUUAGAGAGCUAGAGAGAGAGAGAUUAUGAUGCAUUUCCCUGGCUUUGUCUCCUCCCAUGUGGGAAUAUCUCAAGAAAGGAACCAGUGAAAUAAAGUUGACUGCCACACUUUUGUAUCCAGUCCAAACUGUGAGGCUGGGCCUUGCCUUAAAUACUUAAUACGCCAGUGCCUUCCAAACUCCUCCCCACACCUCAUGGACCGCUUGUACAUUGCUCAGGGUCUUAGCAGACUACUUAUUUUUCUGCCUAUUGUAGUAAUUGUAAUGCACUAGUCUAGAUACUGUUUAUGUUCAAGUGUAUUUUCGUUUCUGCCUUCAUUUCUUACAGAUUGUAUUUUAUUGUGGUACAAUUUGAAUUCCGCUAAAUUCAAAUUGUAAUUAAAUGAAAAACGAUACGAGAAAUAAAAGAAGCAAUAAAUAUACAAUUAAAAUCUAAUGAAUACUUAAUGCGAUGGAUGUGCUGUCUCUGGUCUUCGAGUACAAAACCACAGACAGCACUGCAGACACUUGAGCAAAGCUCCCAGAUCACAAUUUGGGAAUCCUCAUCAUAGUUUGCUCCCCCUUCCCUCUCUCUCUCUCUCUCUCUCUCUCUCUCUCACACACACACACACACACACACUUGGACACCAGAGCUCACGUUUCUUUUUAUAGUGCAGGAGUGGGGAGCGUGUGGCCCUCCAGAUAUUGCUGAACUACAGUUCACAUCUGGACCAGGCUAGGCCCUGAUGGGUGGUUGUAUCCAACAUCUUGGGCUCUCUGUCUUUGGUUUAGUUUUAAGGCAAAAUUGCUGUAUUUUGAGAGAAGUCGUCUACUGAUUGGAUUGAAUUUUUAAACAAACCUGUAUAUCUUCUUCCCACUAGAUGGCAGAUGAAUAUAACUUUUUGCUUGUUAGAUGUCAUAAGAUCUUUGAGAUCUGUUUUUACUUGUCACAGCUUAAAAGUUAAUGCUUAUUGUAUUACAUUACUGUAAAUGUCACUGAAAGUACAAUGAGAAAACAGAAGGUGAGGAAGAUUUGGCAGCAGGGGGGAAUCUUUUGACAUUAAUUUCCUUCUGUUGGAUUCCAUUAUCUUUCUUUCAUUUAGAUUAAAUCAAACUAAUGGUUCUGCUCCACAGUUCUGUGGGCCAAUCAACAUAGUGCUCUCAGCAUAAUUCAAUGAGGGUUGAUAAGAUGUGCAGUGAGGCACAUUUAGCAUGUCACAAGCAGUCCACUUCUAGAGCGUUUAUUACCUGAUGGUGUGUAUGGGGCCAAAUUAUUGGUACACAGUGAAACCAUUCUGCGACCACAUUGCCACAAGAUUAAUUGCAGCGAGAGUGAGGCAACUCAUAUUUCAUCACAAGGAUAGGUGAAUCUACAAGUAUACACACUCCAAAUAAGAAAUUGUCUCUUAGAUUACAUCCAGUAUUGCGAUUUGUGUUGGUGAUUCGUUGACAUUCCAAGAACAGCAUUUCUAAGCACAUUUCAACUAACUUAAAGGCAUUUGACUUCAAUGUUAGUUGGAUCCACAGCAUGUACACCCAAUUAGGGAUCUUAGAUAUGCACUUUUUCCCUACCAUGCCUACACCAUGCACAUGGCAUGUACACACACCUGUGUGACAAGCUGUCUUUUCCACUGUUUUUCAUCUGGGGCGGGGAGUAAAAAAGAGUCAGAAUUCUUACAAACUCGGUAUGUAAGUGCGCCUGGACAUUUAUUUUAUUGUUUGCAUUUAUAUCCCACCUUUCCUUUAAGGAGCUCACAAGGCUCUCCCCUUCCCCAUUUUUAUCCUCACGACAACCCUGUGAGGUAGGUUAGACAGAGCUAAUGACUGGCCCAAUUCAUCCAGUGAGUUGCAUGGCUGAGAAGAUUUGAAACUUGGGUCUCCUAGGUAAGAAUUCACCUCUACACCACCUUGUUUGCUACCCAGGUGAGGAACAACCACAUUUUGAAUGAACCACAGAACCCAGGAAACUGUUUCCUAGUCCAGCAUCCAGAUUUAAGGACCCAGGUUUAUUAUAGCUUUGCAAUAGGACAGAGCUCACUCAACUCAAUGUGCCAGUUGAGAAGGUCUGGCCCAAGGCACUUCAGAACCAAAGCUCAUAUAGUAGUUCAAACACAGCAAACAAGGAGUUAUAAAACAUAUUCACGUACAUCAGGAAGGGUUACAGGUCGUGAGAAGUAAAGCACGAAUGGCUCUGUACAGGCAUCUUCAGCCCCACAUCACCUUGGAGUGGCCCCGAUGUUCCCAGGCCAUUUGGCCAUUUUAGGUCUCGGAUGUCCCGCGUUACCCUGGCAACUUAGUCUUCAAUGAGGGAAGAGCAUCAUAAAAUCCUCUUCCUGAAGAUAGCUUCAAGGAUUGCCGAUUUACACUCUGGUGCUAAAACAUCCUGCCAUUUGUACAACUUUCACACAGAAAGGAAGCCUGAUACAUUCUAAAAGGUUAAAUGAAACAUUAUUAAAAUAAUAAAAAUAAAAUAUACACUUGGGGUCUCUAAUUCAUACAUCACAGGUGUCAAAGCUGCCUCAAGUCUCAGCUCACAAAAGACCAACGCCUAUGUCUUCUUAUAUACAAAGGUGUUUAUUGCAGUUCAUGGUUUGCUUGACAUCCUAGGCGCGCAGCCUUACGUCUCUUACGCUUAGACCGCUGAAGUCCCCUCUGAAUCCGGUCCCUCCCUGCACCAAUUUAAGAGGCUAGCACUGCUCCACCUCUUUCUCUCCUUCCUUUUCCGCAGGGUCCUUCUGCCCGCUGGGGUUUCGCCCUCCUGUUUUCCUCUGACGCGUAAUCCCCAUACUGCUCUUCCCCCCUCGUGGGGGUUUUGGGACCGGGCCCCUCCUCGGGGCUCCCUGCACUCCCGCGCGCCACUACAUUUUACCUAGGCGCGCGCGCCAAACCUCUAACUUUCCUUUUGACAGUUACACUACUCCCUUCACUGCUCCCUCCCCUUCCGGAAGGGCGGCUUGCUCUGACCUCCCUCCUUUCUCUGCUCCCGGAGCUGCUUCCUCUGACACACUGGAAACUCCACCCCCUUCGCUGCACUCUGGUGGGGAGGCUGGUCCUGACGCCCAGCUGCCACUUUGGGAUCCUCCGCUGGCCCCCUGCUCCUGACACGUCCCCCCUGGGGCUCCCCUGGCCUUAACCACCGGCGCCCCCUUCUGGGAAUCCUCUGAUUCGCUGGAAAGACUCAUGGAAUCUCUUGAGUCAUUGUCAUCCUCUUCCUCGCUGGCUUGGAAUUCCUCCCCAUCGCUCUCCAUCUCCUGCCUACCCUGUGCCUCUCUCCCUGAACCCCUGACAACAGGUCAUAAUCCGACACCAUUUUACCACACUGGUUCUCACUAACUGGGCAAAUGAGCAUGCAAAUAACAUCCAUGUUGAACUUUAUGAAAUGCUUCUGAUGUGGGUGCGCAUGGCAUGCACAAGAAUCCUAGUUUGGUGAGUGCCUGAAUGCAUGUCUUCUAAGCAAUUUAGAUACAACACAUUAAUAUUCAGCAUAUUUCUGAACUUGCCAUAUUCUGAUCCGCACUCAUAGUUUGGGGGUUGCUCUUGAAUUGUUACCCAAAACUGUCGUCAUCCAAGUUCUACUUUUUCGGGUCAUUUCUCUUUUCGAAAGCUUGAUCCGCUGCGUGACUUCAGAAUUUUGCUGAAGAAAAGGAGCCUGGAAGACCUUGUUCCAGAGGCCUUGCAUUCUUCUUUAACGGUGCUUGCACAUAGCUUAAUAACUACUUAGGUUGACAACUUCUGAGAUGUAACGGAAAGGGGAGGGUUUUGUGCCAGCCUAUUUCUGUUACCUGUCUUGUCUUCCACCACCCCCUCUCUUGGUUGUUAAUUUCCACCAACUUUUGAUGGCUGACAGGUUCCUGUCAUCUCUUAGAGAAGCAAAACAUGCAUAGCAAAACUUAUUGGGGGAGAAUUAAUUAAGUUUGCACUCAUUUGUCCUCUCCUGAUCUAGGCAUGUUCUGCACUGUGUGCUGCUGUGUCCUUUAAAAUCUGACUUCUGUGAAAUUAACCUUCAUUGCCAAAGAGAAGAACAUUGCUUUGUUGCACAGGGGAACAACUCACAGCCUGUAUGUAUCCAGGUACAGGUUACUGAUCCCCUUGUCGCUGAAUUCAUGCUGUACUCCCUGCAAUCUAUCAAGGACGUGGGGAGGUACACUGUGAGAUUACUGUACCUCCUCAAUGACCAGCUGAACUAUGCUAAGAAGCUCAGACUAUCACUUAGGCACCAUAAGCUUUUAGGAAUUGCUAAUGUAAACAUUUGAGUGGUUUUUCUACCUAUUUGAGUGGGUCGUGGCUGUUUUAUUUUGUUCCUUUAAUUUUCUGUAUCGGUUUGCAUUCAUUAUUGUCUAUUAUUAUUACUCAGUUGUACUUUUUGUUUUUAACGAUUCUGUUAGCUGCUGUGAAUACACAUACAUUUGUAUUGAAGUUGCAGGGUAUAAUUAUAUAAAUAAAUUCAAUCCUUAUUUUAGCCAUGAUCAUAUACGUUUAUGGCCCCCACUCCAGAGGCCAAUUGGCGAGUAAUCCAGUCUUUAUCAACCAGAUGCUCUCCAGAUUUUUGGGACUACAAUUCCCAUCAGCCCCAGCCAGCAGAGCAGUGGGAAUUGCAAUCCAGAACACCUGGAUUGACACCAGAUUGACAAAGGCAGGAGUGGACCAUCCAGACUUACCAUUAAAGUGUCUUUAUUUAUUAAAUUUGUAUACUGCCUUUCAUUCCAAGGAUUACAGGAUGGUUUACAAUAUAAAAACACAAAAAUACAUACCAUCGUAACAAACAAAAACAAUAAUUUCAUGCACACAUAGAUGGUUUAAUUAGCCAAAGGCCUGUCAGAAGAGGGAUGUUUUUGCCUGGUGACUAAAUAUAUUGUUACGCCAGCCCAAUCUCCAAGCAGUAUGAGAUCCCAGGGGCCCAGGUGGUUAACCAGGGUUCAUGCCUCCUAUUGGAAAUAAAGCACAGUGGAGACUGUGGUAUCUUUAUGGUAUAUGGUUUAUUUACACAUAUCUACAACCUGAGCCUACGAUGGAGAGGUUCCCAGCAUUACACUCCAAGAGGGUCUCUCACUCCUCCCACAGGAUCCAAAACAGAAAUCAACCAUGUUCUCUUUCUCCUUUUACGGUCUGUCCCAGUUUUUUUCGCUAGUGUAUCACUGCCAACUGCAAUCCUAAAAAAACUAACACUGGCUUAUUUGUCUUACUUACUAAAACCAGGGCCCAGGGUGGGGCUUAACCUGUUAGGCCAGGCAUGGCCAAACUUGGCCCUCCAGCAGUUUUGGGACUACAAUUCCCAUCAUCCCUGACCACUGGUCCUGUUAGCUAGGGAUGGUAGGAGUUGUAGUCCCAAAACAGCUGGAGGGACAAGUUUGACCAUGCCUGCGUUAGGCUGUCUGGCACUGAAUCUCCCAGUGGCCCAUCUGACUCAGCCAUCAUCACAUGACUACCUCAUGAGGAAACUGUCCUGUGUUAUUUCCAGCCUUUGCCAGAUCCAACAAUUGAGGGCUUGGAUUAAAUUCUAACUCUUUAUUGAAUUCAGAACAAUGUGUAAGGAGGCUGGUGGCCCAUUCUUGUGUUGCUGCCCUCCAGACAUGCAAAGAAGAGCCUCAGACUGCAGGGUCUGGGUUUGCUUUCGAAUGUUUGUUCAGAUACAUGUAAUUUCAUUUCUUUUAGGAAUUGGAAUUUCAUUUCUUUUAGGGAAAUGGAAAUAGGGCGGUUGGCAUCAGAUUGAUGUUGGAUAAUUAUAUCAUAGAGUUUGACAGUUUGUUCUCAAAGGGUAGAGAAAGUAAAGUGCAAACCUAUUUAAUCUGUCCGGUUGAACCGUAAGCAACAAAUUUAUUUGUGAGGAUGUCAGGGCUGCAAUAUCAGAAGGAAAACAUUGUGCAUAUAACUCUUUUGGUCUAAAUUAAUUAGGCAGGAUCCCAACAUCAGUCAUGUAGAAUUUCAUAUACUAGUAAAUAUAGGGUAUUAAAUAGACUGAAAUGCUUGUUUUUCUACAAAGAAGUUUAAGAAUUUUCAGGAACACUACUUUGAUACAGUGUGAGGUUGUAUAUCAGAGUUAGGUGAUGGUUUCAAAGGACAGCAGCCUUAUGCUUUCUGCACACAGAACCACAUGUGUCUAUCUCUUAAGCAUUUUUUAAAAAAAGUUCUGUGCAUUAUUAUUACAGCAGAGCAGUGAUAGAAUCACAGUGGUGCAAGCACAUGCUUUCUGCCUGUCAGCAGGAGCGGAAGAGACCUGCAUGACCUAGGCUUGCAUGUUAGGCCAUAGUUAUGGAGGUUUCAAUAGCCCUAUAGAAAAGUCCAGCGUGACCCAUUGCUGACACAGACAAAUCUUUGGGUCUGUGAACACACCCGUAGGCUGCUUCAGUCACUAAUGUAGUGUAAGCAUGGUGGGAUGCUGGCAUUAAUAGAGAACAUUAAACCUAUUCAUCAUCGCAAGGUGGACGUAUUUUUCAGAUGCAGAGUGGUGUACCACUUGAUGAAGAGCCAAGGUACUGUACAUUCUUUGUGUCGCCCUUUCACUUUCUGUAGGAGGGGGAGAACAGACUUUAGAUAAUUUAGCAUCCUGAACUCAGAAAAUGAGCAUUUUUAUGUUCCUGAUUGGCAAUCCACAGACUGGGUGCACAUUUGUUUGGUGAAUUAAAACAGGUCAGUAAGGCAUUGAAAUGGAGAAGUAUUUGCUCCCUUGAAAGCAACAGUAGUCUAUUGGUACCUUCUCACAUUAUGGGAUGGUAGCCAGUGUGGCACAGCUCCUUCUUGUGCCCAGGUAACGUGAGAAGCUCCAUGCCAGGUGGGGGGAAUCCACUCUGCAACUCCUCCCCACAUCACUGUUGGCCCAACUUCCAGGACAAGUGAGGCCAAGUGCCAUGUUACCCUUAGUGGCUGUGUGCAGAGAUAGCAUGAUGGCAUGAGACAAGCAAGAGACUAAAAAGCUGUGCCAGGUAAUAGCAGUCUUCAGUUCUGACAACAAACACAAGAGGAGCUACAUGAGUGGUAUGAAAUUUUAAGCUGAAGCAAAUUUGGUUUGAGAAAAGAAUGGUAACAGUAAAAGUAUGAAUGGGUGUGUUUGUGCGGGCAAAAGAUGUUAUAUAAAUUGCCAGUGAUCAGAGGAUGGCAGGAAUACAUUCAGCUGGAAGGUUGGGUUACAUCAUCCCAAUUAUUAUUGGUGAUCUUAAAUUAGGUACAGGGGUCGAAACGUUUGGUCCUGCCUCAUUUACAAAGAUAACCAAGCCAUGUGGUGAGGGUGGUGCUAGAUUCUGUUGUUUUCCCCUCACCCAUACUAGCCAGAGGCUGUAGCAAAGUUGUGACAUUUGUAGAACAGAACUUCACUCCCUCUCCUUUUCCCCCUUUCUUGCUCCCUCAUUUGACAGAUUUGUUAGAUGAGGAGAUCUGGCCUAAGGAGUUAGGGCAGCUUUUCAAAUAGUUUCUAAAAAUUAGAUACAUUUCAGUUUGCGUGUUUAAACUCUACUCAAGGGACUUACUGGGUAUUGCACCCAAGACUUGAUUAAUAGUAUCUGGUACUGGAAUAAAAGAAUAUAGAGCAUGCAUAGAAUAAGAUGGCCUAUUUUGUCUAAAGGGACCAUGAUGCUGUUAUCUAAACUUGAUUAUUUGCGAAAGAAAGAGCAUUUUGAGGUAUAAUUAACUUUUACGUAGUCAGUGGUCCCAGUGAAUUCACUUUCCAUGGCCCUCUGUCUCAGACCUACAUGGGGGUUGUAGCUAAUGUGUAUAAAUAACUUGGCAUCUGCAUGUCUCCUCUCCACAGGCAUUUGAGAAUUACAAUGUUAUGCUUAUUGUUUUAUUGUACUUUACCUGAAAUUGUCAGUGCAAUCUUAUAUAUGCUUACUCAGAACAAGGCCUCACUCGAGUUCACUGGGGCUUAUUCCCAGGAAAGUUUUUCUUUCUGCAGCAACUGAAUCUGCAGCCAUCUGAUGAUCUCCCCCGUCCCCCCAUGCAACAACUUCAUUCCAGCCUUUUUCAGAGUUCUCACACUGAAAACUAUGUAGCAGCCUUUAGGGUCUUUUAUAGCUGAAUAUUUUUUCUACGUCAUAUUUUUUUCAUCAUUGGUAUUUCUUUAACAACUAUUAAUCUGCUUGCAUUUCAGUUUUGUUUUGUUUACAUACAGAAAAACGUACAGCGUAUUAGGUUACUUGUUAGAUGCAGCCAGGAAAUAAAUAGUAUGUAAAGAUUGAAACACAAAUACAUGAAUGAGGGAACAGCAGUUAAAAGUGCACCAUUUUUCAUAGCACAAUGACCUACCACAAUUGAUUAAUGAAAAUGGCAGUUCUGGAACAUUUACCAAGUUGUUCGCCACUUCAUAAUCAGUCAGUAUUGUUCAGCUGCUGGUGUAAGCUGAAGGCUGGGGGGUUUUUUGGGUUCACAUCAAAGGAGCCUAUUUAAACAUCUCACUGCUUGCCAACCAUUUCUUGCUCUAUAGAAAGCUAAAUCGCUUCAGCAGUAAGAUACUGGAAUGUAUGUGUGCUAGACUUUUGGUGUGUGGUUUUUGGAGGGGGUGUGUGUUUACUGUGCAGGAGAGCUUUGAAAAGCACAGGAGGUCUCCCAUAAGGUCUAACAUGGUAGGACGAUCUCCAGCUCAUACCCUGUGGGUGGGUCCUAAAAACUAUUGGUUGUUACCAUCGCUCAUAAGACAGACCACUUCACGGGAAUGGUUAGAUGCCCCUCCUAACUAGUCAAAUUCUCUGGGUAAUCCUAUGCAUAUUUAUUUGGAAGCAGGCCCCACUGUUGCAAUGUGACUCAAAAAUAAGUGUACAUAGGAUUGCAGCCUGAGUUGCUUGCUGGUGGGUGCAGGUGUGGCCGUAGGUAUACUAUUGUGUUUACACUUCCGUCUUAACAAAAAUCUGACUAUUUGCAUCAAAGCUUCCAGUAAUUGAGCAGUCUGACAUAGGAAUUUGAAGGCCUCAAAUUUCACAUAAAUGUAAAUUCAUACUGUUACAGUUAUGCACAACGUCCUAUCCAGACAACCCAAAACUAUCUCUAGAAAAUGAUUAACAGAAAAGGCUUUUUUUCAAUCUCUUGAUUAAAAAUGUUAACUUUGUAAGUGUUCAUUUUGAUUAACUGUAACUCAUGUACGGGACGCGGGUGGCGCUGUGGGUAAAAGCCUCAGCGCCUAGGGCUUGCCAAUCGAAAGGUCGGCGGUUCGAAUCCCCGCGGCGGGGUGCGCUCCCGUUGCUCGGUCCCAGCGCCUGCCAACCUAGCAGUUCGAAAGCACCCCCGGGUGCAAGUAGAUAAAUAGGGACCGCUUACUGGUGGGAAGGUAAAUGGCGUUUCCGUGUGCUGCGCUGGCUCGCCAGAUGCGGCUUUGUCACGCUGGCCACGUGACCCGGAAGUGUCUCCGGACAGCGCUGGCCCCCGGCCUCUUGAGUGAGAUGGGCGCACAACCCUAGAGUCUGUCAAGACUGGCCCGUACGGGCAGGGGUACCUUUACCUUACCUUUACCUAACUCAUGUACAGAUGUAUUUUAUUUAAACAUAGCACUGGGGGAAAAUAAAAAGGUAAACUUAUCUUCCCUUGAAACAAAAUAAGAAGUUUACAGUCCUGCACAUAACCAAUUGCGCAUUGUGUCAAAGAAAAUGUCAUGUGAAAACAUUAAAGUGUGAUUAGUUUAUGGGAAUGUGUUGUUACAAGAUGUUGCUUUGGUCAAGUUUAAGAAGCAAACUGUUCAUAGUAAUCAAUGAUACAAGUUGUGUUUUGUUGUAAAUUUUUACAUUUCUGUAAGCAGAAACUUAAGUUUGAGAAUAGAUUUAUUUUUCACUAAAAAUGUAUUGCAUUGCUGUCUCUGCUGGGCACAAAUCAAAUCAUUGCUGGGCACAAAUCAAAGAGUAAUAUUAACCAGUGACCUGCUUUUAUUAUUCUCGAACAAACUAAUUUAUCAUGAUUUGCUGUGGCAUGCAAAUAAGGGAAAUUCCAAAACCUGGUUUGUUCCCAACUACAAAUUUGCUUCCUUCUUGUUCUGCCACUCCUUGGACAAGUACCAACUGUUUCUCACAGUUGUCCAUCUAGAUUACAGUGAUGUGGGUCUAAACCUGAAUCACAUAGGGGCUCUCCAGCAUUAUCAUAAUAGCUUCCCCAGAUCAAGAAUACAAAUAUGAGGAAGAUUGGCCAAAUAACAACUGCAGCCCUAGAGUUCAUUAUGAUAGUAUAAAGGCAGAGUGGGAAACAAAAUAAGUAUGCUUUAGGCCUAUACACCUUACUUGCAUGCAACAAGUUUAAUGUGUUGAGGAGCUGGCCACACAGUUUCCCUGGACUUACACUUUCCUUUGAAUGGGCAUCUGAAAAGAAACCUCUUUUCAGCUGUCUAUGCAGAGGGGUUCCAUGUGAUCCGCACAUGUGUAAAAUCAGGUUGCCCUGGUCACAUGGCACCCUGAGUUGUGAACAGUUGCUCACAUGCAGAUAACUCCAUUUCAAACACCCACACUCAACAUGCAGGUGCCAGAGGCAAGGCUGGUGUGGGGGCACAGGGUCAGGGAUGAGGCCAACAGGGCAGACCCUCCCUGCUUCACCACAUGAGUGAAUACGUGAAUAGGCAGAAUGGUAGAUUACCAAUUGUUUUCCUGAGACCUCAGGUUCCUUGGCCAGCUUAAUCAGGGGCUCCCCUUUGAGAUCAGUCAUAGCCUACAAGCAUGGAAAAACAGCUUUCCUAUCCCUAACAAUCUUCCCUUAGUGUACAGGGCUGAGGAUUAAACCUGUUCUAAAGCAGACUCUGUUUUCCUGGGUUAAUGACAAGGCUCUACUGGCUGCGCUUGGUGCCCCAUGUGAAAUCUCAAGCCCAGGCCACAGAUGUGAAGGACAAGGAGAGAAAAGACCUCAAAGGUGCACUGAAAUUAUCUAGCAAAGGCAGAGGCCUGUUUUCUUGUAUUUAUUCCAGGUCUUAAAAAUCCAGAGGCUUACUUCCACCUGUAAUCUACAGGAGCCCAAUAUCUCACACCAUUAUUCUUUGCAGCACACUUACUCUUCAUAAGUACACAUAGUUUCUUAACUUGCUGGUCUAGGAUAGCAGACCCGGUUCUUCAUAGUUCAGGCUCAGCCCUAGAGCUCUGCCCUACAAUCCUUUGCAACAUAAAUAGGCAUGCUAGGGAGACAAAUUUGAUAGGGAAUGCUUUUCUUAAACAUAGAAAGUUGGAAAGAACUAUCCUAGAGAAAGAAGCUUUCUGUACACAAACCCACAGCAUGGCAGUUGUGGCAGAAUCCUUUUCACAAGAGGUUAGCAUCUACAGCCCGCUGUGCUGCUUCAACAGGGACAACCCUACAACUGGGCAAAGUGUCUCAGAUGCUGGAGAUCAGCAGUCCCCAGCCCCUCAGCCAUUCCCCUUUGUUGUCAUCCUCCCCCAAUUGGCCUGCUUUCUCAGGUGUGGUAGAGGACACUAUGCUGUUAACCAUGUUGCCUCAGUCAGCAAAAUGUCUUGGUCUGGCCUUAUGCUUCAGAAGGCUCUGCGCUUCCAACUCUCCUAAGAAUGAUUGGUUCAACAAAUAGGAUCAACUGAUCACCUCAUCGGGUUCAAAGCUGUUUUCCACCUGACGAUUUGAGCUCUGAGUGCCCAGAGGAAUGAAGGACUUUGAGAAGGACUUUAGAAACGCUUCCAUUUUUUAUUUCCCUGUCAUCCAAAUCUGAGAAAUGGUGGUUAUGCUUAACUGUGGUUUGUUGAAACACGCGAACUGCUUACCAUAGUUCCGUAACCUGACUUGUUUCAGCAAGCCCUAGUUAAAAUGCGCUGUAGUUCAGGGCUUGGAUAAUGCUAAACCAUGGUCAGUCUGAAAUAGGAGUAGAAGCUUUUCAUCUCUUCCACCCAGCCACUCCAAAGGAGAAGUGGCAGAUGCAAGCCAAAGGCUUGCUAUGGCUCAUACUUGUAAUUUUAAAACUUAAUUUGGUGUGUGAAUCAGGCCACUGUUUCUUGAUGUGUUUAUGUAACUCAGCUUUUAAAAAAUAAAGGCAAGUACUUCCAUUUCUUAGAGUUCUUUAUGACAGGAAGGAUAUAACACCACAGUUUCAUUACAGUCAUUUUUUUCCCCCACACAUGAAUUUGGUGUGUAGGUUAUUUGUGGGUUUUAUCAUCUAACCCUCCCUCCUCCGAAAAGUUAAUAGAUUUUAAGCAGCAGCAGCAGCAACAACAACAACAAAAUAAUCAUACUUCAGGUUCUGUAGAAGGCUUUGUGCUUUAUUGGCACAAAUAGCCAACUGCGUGAGGCAAUGAGAUGUAAAAGAGAGGCUUGCACUUGGUAGCACACAAAAAAAUAUGGGAACUGUCUUAAGGAUUUGGGGGGGGGGGGUAUUUUUUAUAAAAUAUCAGCUGAGGCCAGCAAUGAGUAGGAAUUCUAUACACGCAAGAGGGAAAGACAUUAUCCCAUUCUAUUUGCUACCUAGGCCACAGUAUUGGUAAGGAAAUGUUGCUGUGGCUUCACUCUUGUACAAAUGUUCGUUGGGACUAGAUUAAUAGAAGCACUUUUUCUGUCUUAAAACUAAUCAUACUUUUUCUUGUGUGGUAUUAGUAGGUCCACAGCAGGGUGGUUAACUUGUGCACACACACACCCAAAAAACUAGCCAUUAAAAAUAUAUAUUAUUGCUCACUCCUGUGGGUUUGCUUCUAUGAUGCCAAAACGUUUUAGGUGUCUCCCCAAAGACUUUCCCUACACUUGUACAACAACAACAGAUUUAAAAUACUGUAGACCAGCUGUUGGAAAAAGCUUUUGAAGGGCAGGCUUGAAAACUACAGUUUUCACCACACCCCCACUUUCAUACUUUGGCCGCUUUGACAUUUGGCCCCCAGAGGGUUGACCAUGUGUCAUUCCUAUUCUUGGCCGAAGAAAAGUUAGCUACCCCUGCUGUAGUCUUUGGUUGGUAAUAGCAUGCUAUGACCAAGAACUUGCAAUCACUUAAAAGUUGGAAUGUGUGUCUUAAAGGCACAGCCUGGGAGCAGUUUACUUCUGCCCAUUUAACUGUUUUGAUCUGCAGAAAUAGCCCUAUUACAAGUGCCACAUUAUACACGUUCCGCAGUUGUAACAAAGUAUUUUUUAGUGUGUUUGAAACUCCCUGUCGAUUGACAUCAGGAAAGAUACUGUCAUUUACUUGGUCAUUUAAGAAAUGUAAAAUCAAGGCCCACCUCUCAAUAAAUUUGUUUUCUUGAUUCCAACAAUGCUUAUUAGUAUGAAUCCAAAAGAGAACUAUUUUAAAACAAUCUUCCAGUGGUAUUUAACUCCACACAGAAUUAGACAAAUAUUUGGCCAAAACAUGCACGGCUGGAGAUGCAAUAGAAUUAAGGCGAAUUUAAGAUUCAUCUUUUGGAGCUGUAAAAACAAACAUUUCUGGACAGAAGUAUUGAAUAAUAUAUUAAUAAGUACGGACUAUGAUAUCCCAAGGAAACCUAAAAUAACUCUUCUUUUGAGUUACUCUUCAUCCUGCAGUCAUUAAUACUGAUUUACAACUGAUUACUGCUUCUAACAACAACAAAACAGUGUAUUGCACAAAAAUGGAAAAACAAACACCCCCCUAACAUAACUGUUUGGCGAAGGAAAAUUUGGCAAAAUAUCUUAAUGAUAAAGCUUACAUACAAGAGAAACACCAUACUUAAUAAUCAGUUAAGCAUCAAUGAGAAUUUGAAAUGCUUUUGUGUUCUGUCUGUGAACAUUUAGUUACAUUUCCACAGAAAAAAGAAUGGACAGGAAAUUCAGCCAGAGACCUCUUUCCCUAGCCGAAACCGAAUUGUUCCUCCAGAAUUCCUGUAUCGUAUGGACUACAAGAAAAUUGGAAAAUGUGUUAUUAUAAACAACAAGAACUUCAAAGAAAGUACAAGUAUGUUUUUCACAUCAUCUUAAUAUAACUCUGGGUGGUACUUCUGUUAGAGAGCAAGAGCUGUACGCGAGAGCAGUGCUUUUCAAGACAAUAUGCUAAUAUCUAGGGACACUCUUCUCCCAUAUCAAUCAGCCACAUUUGAUGGGAACAAGGGAGAGUAACUUUUCUAUUGCUAGUUUCAAAUUUUGAGACCCUGCUUUGCAUGUUCCUUUUUGGCCUUCAGCCAUAAAGUUAAAAGCUUUCUGUUAGAAAGGCUUUUGUGCUUUAAACGUCUGACAUAACCACCUUGCCUAUAGUGUUCUCUUAUGAGGGGCUUUUUGCAGUUUUAAAGGGAUAUGCUGCUGAUAAUGUAUUUUUAUUACUAUUUCUUAGCAUGCUGCUUUAGUGUUUACUUUGCCCGGGGGGGGGUUGUAUUUUGCUCUGAGCAGCCUUGAACUCUUCUAACGGAAGUGUGGCCAUACCCAGAAAAUGACUGAGCCCACAAAAAGCGCACCGUAAAAUAUUGAUAGUCUUUAUGGUGCCACAAAACAUUGCUGCAGCAGUCUCAACUGGGCCCCCUCUCUGGCCAUUGCUUUGGUCGUUGUGAAUAUAACAAGCUGUUUCUGAAUACUGCUCAAAGGUUUUAAGUUUUAAAAUCAUUUUCUCUCCCAUUGGGCAUUCGCACAACCCAUAAUAAUAAGUACGCCUCUGCACAGUCAGCAUCAAUCUUCUUGUGUUUCUUAUCAGACAUGGGUAUACGAAAUGGCACUGAUAAAGAUGCUGGUGACCUGCUAAAAUGUUUUCGAAGCAUUGGAUUUGAUGUUUCCAUCCAUAAUGAUCUCACCUGUGAAGCUAUGGAGAAUAAACUCAAGGAAGGUAACAAUGACCACCCUGUUUAGAUAGUUUGCUGGUUAACUUAAGAAGACCAAUUGUGUUCUUCCUUUGGUCAUUUGAGAAGCUGAGCUCUUAAUACAUAAUUUGGGUAGUACUAAACGAAUUGGGUUGUUGUCAGUGUAGCACUAAGGAGAUUUGUUUCUGUUUGCUCAAUGGGACCAUCUCCCCUAAUUCACUGUUCUGGGGGUUCUCCUGACCAUCUGGAGAAGAUUUGGAGGGUAGCGUUCCAUUGCACUAGCAGGCAUCAUUGCACUGGCUUCCUCUAGCAUUUCAUUGAAUACAGUGGUACCUUGGUUGUCAAACUUAAUCUGUCUGACUCUCGAAACAGUUCAAAAACCAAGGCGCAGCUUCCGAUUGGCUGCAGGAGCUUCCUGCACUCAAUCAGAAGCCACAGAAGCUGUGUCGGACGUUCAGCUUCCAAAGAACGUUCGCAAACCGGAACACUUACCUCCAGGUUUGUGGCAUUUGGGAGCCGAUUUGUUCAGGAGCCAAGCCCUUCAACAACUAAGGUACCACUGUACAAACGCUUCCUAGUGAUCAGUUCAGGCUUAGUAAUGCUUAGAAUUGAGCCAUUGGAAACAGUGGGACUAAUUUAAGUUCCAUUGAUUUCAAAGGGUCUCUUUUAAGCAUGACAAAGAUCCAACCCAGUGGGAGUUAUUUCUCAGUAAACAUGAAUAGGAUUGAUGUUAGCCCUUCUUUUAAUUGUGCAGAAAAAAGACUUGCCACGUAUAGUUUUUGUUAAGUGGCAUUUCCAUUAUGUAAGAGGAAAUACAUUUGAUUUGCAGUUGCCCUUGAGAGCCACAGUGAUGCUGCUUGUUUUGCCUGCAUAUUAUUAAGCCACGGAGACGAGGGGUUUAUCUAUGGCACAGAUGGAGCUAUGGCAAUAAAGGAGUUGACAAGUCUUUUCAGAGGAGACAAGUGCCCAAGCCUCAUUGGAAAACCUAAAUUGUUUUUCAUUCAGGUAAGGUCCUCUACCUUCUUUUGUAGAAGAUGUUACAUUAUUUGCCCUAGAGUAAUUUAUUUGUUGUUAAAUUAAUUAUUAAUUAAAAACUCAUUUUAAAAAAUUCUCAUGUAUUGAGUAUUUUGGAUAACUGCACAAACACAAAAUGUCAGUUUAAGGCCAAUAUUAGGCACUUAAUAAAUAAUGAAUAGCAUGCUCACCAGCAAUGGUAUGGCAUGGCCUAUCUGUGUAUUCAUACAAAUGAAUUGCAGCUAAUAUAUUUAAGCUGUAGCCCUAGGACGAAUAUGUUUUUCAUAGGGUUGAUGCUGCUGAUCCUAGUAUAGGUCAUUAACGUACCAUAUUUCAUUUACAAGGUUCAAGUAUAUGUUCAGUUAUAAUGUGAAUCUGUUUCAGUUACAAAAUUAUCAUAAAAUUCCAUAACUCUGUAAAUUGUAUGUGAUUUAUGUGUACACUGAAUUAUUUUGCUCACUGUUUAUAUCAUGGUUUCAGGCCUGUCGAGGUUCUGAAUUUGAUGAAGGGAUUCAGACAGAUGCAGGUUCUCCAAAUAACGAUCUGGAAAUGGAUGCCAAUCCAGGAUGCAAGAUUCCUGUAGAAGCAGAUUUUUUGUAUGCAUAUUCCACCGUGCCAGGUAUAAAUGGGAAAAGUGACAAACUUGACAUACAAAUGAGUGCGAGUAAAACAAAGUGUCACAUAUUGGGGAAAAUUUAAGCAUUUGUCAGCUGAAAUUAAAUAACAAUGAAAUGCUAUUUUAUGGGGAAAUGUAUUUUCUUUACAUUGAAUUAUGAGUCAGUCUUGAAAGUUUGAAGCACUGGACUUUAUAUUUUCACAUAUCAAGUUUGUUUCCUUCUGAAAUGUAUAUAGGCUUUUCAGUGUUCUAGUUUGUGUGUAUAAUCAGAGGUGAACGAAGGCUAACCGACACCCGGGGCGGAGCAAACUGCUGGCUGCGCACGCGUUGUGCCGCUACGUACAACGCAUGCAUGGCAUUGUUACGCAGGGCACAUACGCAGCAUCACUACGUACAGCACAUGCGUGCAACACUGUGCAUGCGUUGUACGUAGCGGUUUGCUGCCGGUGCCGCUUGAAUGCCGUAUGGAUGGUGGCGGGAUCCUCUGUUCAUGGCUGCAGCCGCGAACAGAGGAUCCUCCACGUGCGGCGACAACGGAGGGAUCCCAACGCCAUCCAUACAACGCUUGAGCGCCGCCGGCAGCAAACCGCUAUGUACAGCGCAUGUGUGGCAUCACUACGUACAGCGCAUGUGUGCGACACCGCACAUGCGCUGUACGUAGCGGUUUGCCGCUGGCGCCACUCGAACGCCGUACAGACGGUGGCAGGAUCCUCGCAGCUGCAGCCGCGAACGGAGGAUCUUCCACAUGUAGCUACAGUGGCUCGAUGGCUGCUCACUCCGCCACACCCGGGCUCACCCCCCCCCCCCACUUGGCACCCAGGGCACACCACCACCACCCGCCCCCCUUGUGAUGCCACUGUAUAUACCGUAUUUUUCGCUCUAUAGGACGCACUUUUUCCCCUCCAAAAAUGAAGGGGAAAUGUGAUUGACGUCCCAUGGCAUGCGAAUGCAGGCUUUCAUGGCUUCUGAGCUCCGCGCCACCCUCCGGAUCCCGUGCGCAAGCCGCGCGGGCUCCGGAGGGUGGCGCGUGAGCUGCCUGGAGCUCCAGGGCUUCCUGUAGCUCCGCGCCACCCUCCGGAUCCCGGCAGCUAAGCCGCGCAGGGCUCCGGAGGGUGGCGCGGAGCUGCCUGCGCUCCAGGGCUUCCUGCAGCUCCGUGCCACCCUCCGGAUCCCGGCGCUGAGCCGCGCGGCUCCGGAGGGUAGCGCGGAGCUGCCUGAGCUCCAGGGCUUCUUGCAGCUCCGCGCCACCCUCCGGAUCCCGGCUCGAAGCCGCGCGGGGCAGCGCGGAGCUGCCUGCGCUCCAGGGCUUCUUGCAGCUCCGCGCCACCCUCCGGAUCCCGGCGCGAAGCCGCGCAGGGCUCCGGAGUGUAGCGCGGAGCUGCCUGCGCUCCAGGGCUUCUUGCAGCUCCGCGCCACCCUCCGGAUCCCUUAUUUAAUGUGUAUCAUGAUGAUCCAGGAUCAUUUUAGUUGACACAGUCCAGCCCUAUGCACUUUUUGAGAGUGUUGCAUGUGCAUGGGUUUCCACAGCAAGCACUCACACUCUUGAAGAAGCAAAAUGCUUUGCUUGCCUCUUCAGCAAUGCAAAUGAUUGUGACAAAAACCUAUAGACCCAAAUUGGUUCCCUCCUGCACUUGUACGUAUAUGGUUUGGAUUAUGACCCUAUUUGUAAUGUGCAGUGAAUAUCUCUUUUGCCCUUCAUUAUGGUAAGGAGACUUUUUUCCCCUUGCUCUCACUUACAGGUUAUUAUUCCUGGCGGAAUCCAGGGAACGGCUCCUGGUUUGUGCAAUCUCUUUGUGAAGUCCUGACUAAGUAUGCCAAAGAGCUGGAGAUCCUGCAGAUGCUCACCAUGGUUAACUACAAAGUAGCAAGAAACUAUGAAUCGCAGUGUGAUGACCCACGCUUCAAUGGGAAGAAACAGAUUCCUUGUGUGGUCUCCAUGCUAACCAAAGAAGUUUACUUCUGAAAUCUCAUUUGUUUGGGCAUAUAUCAUCUGCUCAUCUUCCAAAGAAAGAUUGAAAUAUACAAUGGGGAUCUUCUAAUCAAAACAUUUCAAAUCAAACCACACUGGAUCCAGAGCUUCAUCAAGAUAAUCUUUGAAAUAUGCAAUAUGACAAUUACCUCAGUUGAUAGUUAAAAUCCUUUUCAACAUGCCACCUUGACUGUUUAUGUGUAUUUUGGUAGAUAAUUCUGGUCUCUUGUUGUUUCUGGCCACACUGGAAAAAAAUGCCUCUAAUACCUCUCUUGUUUGACCACAUAGGUUUUUUCUCAUGGAAAUUCCUCAUAAUUCCCCAAUAUUAACUACUUAAAAUGUGUUGGCACUGUGCUAUUGGACUGAAACAUUUUUCUUAAUUUCUCAAAUAUAAAAGGGAGGAAUCACACAGGAAUAUGACCAAGGUGUACUGGAGUUUUCUGUGAUUAAAUGGUGGACUUGAUAUCAUUGGUAUUUUACAUAUCAGAGGACAUAUCCAUUCAUAGGUCUUGCUUGGUCUCAGUGUGGGUUUGAAAUCAUAAGCCAUUUACUUUUCAAAAUCACUCUGUUUAAGUCUGUUUCUGUUUUCCUUACUUCUCCCUACAUUCGAAAACUAUCCUUAUAAAACCUAGGAAAUACUUGAAACGCUCCUUUUUAUCCAAUAUGGAAAUACCACUCCAGUUUUGUCAUGAGAACACUGAACAGUUAAGUGCAGCUUACGACAUUUUCAGCGCAAUAACAAUUUGAUAGCAAAUAUGUGCUGUGUAGUAUAUAGCUUUCAAACAGGAAUAACAGUGAUGCCCGUACGUUGUCAGUUAGAUCAAAGCACAAUUAUUCCACAAAGCAAUAAGUAAAAUUAUAGCAAGCUAAGUAAAUUAAGAGUUUCUACUUCCUUGUAAUGACUGGCUGCUGCUGAGAAGCCACACAGUUCUUUACUUUAAAUGCCUUAACCUUGAUUGUGUUGCCCUUUCUGCAUGAUUAGACAUUGCAGAUUCGGUGCCUACAUAUUCACUUGAAGGCAAACCACCACCCCCCCAUCAUUCUUGAUCUUACACCAUAAAUUCACAUUUUACUGUAUGUCACUUUAUAGUGCCAAUUUCUUGUUUCUAGAUUUGUUUCCUUGUUUCUAGAUUUACAAACAGUGUUGUACAGUUGUUGAAUUUCUUGUUAUUAUAACAAGUCCACAGUAUACCCAACGCUAUGGAUGUAUUGGCCAACUUUCAUUUCAUUACCAUAAAGGCUCUCUUUCUUGGCGUGUUCGGUGCUGUGGCUAUUUGAAGUAAGUUUGAGCUAUGAAUCCUAGCUACUCAUGGAAACUUGAUUUUGUGUCAGUCAAGUCACCAGUACAAAGGCAAUGUUUAUGUAGUUUUCAAGCUUUAAAGCAAGAUAGGAAAAGAGUCUGCUGAAUUUUAACUGGGGAUAGACCACAUCUUACACAACAUCAGGUAGGAAAUAUUUCCAUCAGUGCAAGAGGAGAUCUCCACAGAAUGCCAAUGACUUAAGAAAUCCAGUGCGCUAUGGAUUCUAGAGUGAGACAAAUUGCUUUUCUGGCAUGAUGCAAAAAUAUAGCAGUAGGAUCUCAGGUAGUGACAACUGCAGGACUAGGCCUCACCAUGAAGUGGGAAAUAUGCGAUCCUAUGAAUUUAUCCUGGCAAAGACCUGUAUGUUUCUUGAGCAAGAGAGUAAACUAAAUUGGAGCAUCAAUGGGAGUUUUGCCUUGCAAAUGGUUGUGAAAUAAUCUCAGUUAAUCAUAACAUUUUUUGCACUUAAAGAAUUAAUAAAUUCUUUUGACAUAACAUGUCUGUCAAUGUUCAGACAAUGUUCAGACAAUAUUCAGACAAUGAAAUAAUAGUAAAAACUAUAAACUAGUAGUUCAAGACACCGAAACUAAUCAGCUGUUUACAUGUUGAAGUUAAUAAACUGUUUACAUAUGAUGGAAAUGCAUAACUCCUUUGUUCUUCAGGGAAUCGUCAUGGAAAAUCUCAAUUAAGAGAUCAAUAUAUAUUUGAUGCGAAUAUAGCCAAUAUAUAAAUAUUUUAAUGGUUAUUUUAAAGCAGCAUAGGAUCAUCUUUUUUCAUUUCAGAAACAUUAGCUAAUUCUACAAAGAAAUAAAAACAAAUAAAGAUAAUUUUCU